CUCGUCCUCUAGAUCACUAUGUAGUAUACCCAUUUCCGUUAGAUGGUAGCACACACUUCAAAGCAAAUAAAUUUGCGCGCCCUGUCACCUGAUACUCCCUCUCGCGGCGCAUUGUCAUUACUCAUUUGUGUGUCGGAUGGUGCACAUCGUUUUCUGAAAAUGGGUAGUAAAAAACGGAAACGCAGUUCGUCUUCGAGCUCAUCGGACUCGUCGGAGGGCUCUGACUUGGUCGUCAUUCGCAAACAACUCAAGAAGGCCCUAAAAGACGUCAAACGCCUUACCGGUAAGAAAAGGUUGAAAGAAAAUCGCCGCCAUUAUAGUACACGUAACCAACAACGUGGAAGCGAUACCAGCUCAAAUCGCUCCUCAAGCAGCGAGGGGGAACGUUCCACAUCUCUGGACUCGGAGAAAUCAGUGCAGGGGAAUGAGGAGGAUAAAACCCUCAAGAAAUUGCCGCCAGAGAUCCGGAAAAUGCUGGGAUCUCAAAGCCCCCCAUCGGAAAUGAUGGGAAAACCCAUUCACGAAGAAGUGGCGCAAGUUUGGGAGCAAACCUUGCAGAAAGGCCUGAACACGGAAGAAAUCAAAGAUUUGUUACAAAAAUAUCCUCCAAUCGCAAAUUGUAAGUUGGUCCAAGCCCCAAAAUUGAAUGCGGAAGUGAAAAGAGCCAUAACGCAGCAGCAUUCCGAACGGGACGAGAGACUUGCCCACGUGCAAGCUCAAUUGGGCGCCGCAAUGGGGGCGGUUGGUACUGCCCUUACUUUCUGUCUUCAAGAAGAAGGAGGAACCACCUCACAGCUAAUCGAGUUACUGGGUGACGCGGGGAAACUCCUGGCCUCCGUCCACUUUGCUGAGUCCCAAUCCCGUAGAAUCCUGGCUUCAGCAGGCAUUAAUAAAACCUUUAAAUCAACACUGACGGAAACACCGGUCGACGGGUGGCUUUUCGGUGAUAACCUUAGCGAGCGUAUGAAAACGACUCGCGCCCUCGAAAAGACAUCCGAGGAAUUGAAGAUACCUAAAGCAAAGAUCAACACCGGAAAGACUCAAUAUAAUUUAAACUCGAAGAGUCUGCCUCGCCAAUACUCCCAGAGCCGAGGCAGACACAAUCAAUCGCGGAGCAAACAGCAACCGAAGACGGGGAGAGGAGACCAAACGCGACGCAAUCCCUAUUAUCGGCCUCGAACGUCGAGAAUCGAACCUCCGAGGAGGAAACAUUAA